CUAGGCAGAGCAACAGAAACAACAGGAAAUGGAGCUGGGGAGAGGAAAACCUGCGUAACAACAAAAGAAAUUCCAGUUAAAAGAAAUGAGUCAAACAUCUCUGAAACAGAAAAAGAAGAAUGAUACUGGAUCGAAGAACUCAAAAGACAGCAUAGACACAGAGAAAAGAAAGGAUUCUGAGAAAUCAGGAGUUCGUCUGAGCACGCAGAUGAGGCGUGCAGUCAAUCCGAAUCACUUGCUGAGAUGUUGCCCCAUGCGAGGUCACUCGUCGUGUAGACGCUGCCUUUGUGCAGCGGAGGGAACAGUACUUCUUGGCCCCUGCCGCACAAUACGUGUUUAUAUUCACAUGUGCCUCUUGUGGGAGCAGGGCCAGCAGAUCACCAUGAUCAGGGAAUCACAAGAAUCACCAUUGCUGAAGACUGAUUCUCGGGGGUACGUUGUGCGAAAUCAGUGGUCACGAACUUCACGGAGCCCAUCCACCAGAGCUCCAUCAGUAGACGAAACCAGAAGCAAGAGUGCCAGUCUUAAGCUCCCCGCUAGCUCCACAACCUCCCGGACUUCAUCCACCUCCCCCAGCCAGCAAGACUCCCAAAAAGAGCUGUCGGCGCAGCCCUCGCCGCCCACGCCACCCAUGCCUCUCGACUCGAGCCCUCCCACUCCCCCGGAGUCCUAUUCCCAGUCCCGGCGCAGCAGCAAGAUGCAGGAGAAUCCAGAAGCCUGGGCUCAUGGCAUCGCUCGGGACUCCAUGCAGCUACGGGAAUACCCUCCUCGCACGCCCCCCACUGAAUGGAAGUCCUAUGUCCAGCGCAAGACCACCUACUCCACCCAGCUGGACCGCGACUGCCUGUCAGAACUGCCCCGGCAGCAGCAGCUGGAGGAAGAGGAGGAAGAGGAUGAGGCCUAUUGGGCAUCCGUGAGAACUCUGUAUGAGAAGACCCCUAGCUGCUCUCGCCCCCGACCGCCCAAACCCAAGCAUGCCAUCACCAUCGCUGUGUCAUCCCGGGCACUUUUCAACAUGGUGGACGGCAGGAAAAUCUUCGAGGAAGAGGGUCUAGAAAAGUACAUGGAAUAUCAGCUCACCAAUGAGAAUGUCAUCCUGACCCCAGGGCCUGCAUUCCGCUUUGUCAAGGCACUGCAGCAUGUCAAUGCUAGACUCCGUGAGCUGUAUCCUAAUGAACAGGACUUAUUUGAUAUUGUACUGAUGACUAAUAACCAUGCCCAAGUGGGAGUGCGGCUUAUAAACAGCGUCAAUCACUAUGGCUUACUAAUUGACCGCUUCUGUCUGACUGGUGGAAAAAGCCCCAUUGGCUAUUUGAAGGCAUAUCUUACCAACUUAUAUCUUUCGGCAGAUUCUGAAAAAGUACAAGAAGCCAUACAAGAAGGGAUCGCCUCUGCAACUAUGUUUGAUGGAGCCAAAGACAUGGCUUACUGUGACACACAGCUCCGCGUGGCCUUUGAUGGGGAUGCCGUCCUCUUCUCGGAUGAAUCUGAACAUAUUACCAAGGAGCACGGGCUGGACAAGUUCUUUCAACAUGAAGCACUAUUUGAGAAUAAGCCUCUUGCUCAGGGUCCCUUAAAAGGCUUUCUGGAAGAUUUAGGCAGACUGCAAAAGAAGUUUUAUGCCAAGGACGAACGGUUACUUUGCCCUAUCAGGACCUACCUGGUUACAGCCAGGAGUGCAGCCAGUUCAGGCGCCCGAGUGCUGAAAACCCUUCGCCGCUGGGGUCUAGAGAUAGACGAAGCUCUUUUCCUUGCUGGAGCCCCCAAAGGUCCCAUCUUGGUAAAGAUAAGGCCCCACAUUUUCUUUGAUGACCACAUGUUCCACAUUGAAGGGGCACAGAAAUUCGGCACCAUCACAGCUCAUGUACCUUAUGGCAUUAAUCAAAAAAUGAAUAAUUAGAGAUGGGGAGGAGAAAUAAAGCAGUGAGUCUGGUAUUA